AUGUGCUGCGAUGCAUAUUUACAGAACUUGGAAAAUGCAUCUGUGGUCCCAUCAGAAAAGAGAUCAUUUAACACACCACCACAAAGCGUGUAUGAAUGCUUCAAUAUGACUUGUGUAUGUGGAUUUAUGGGAGGAUCUAUGACAUCGGGAAGCUGUCGUCUGAAAAAUGGCAUGACGGUGGGACAGACAUUACGCAAAGAAUAUCGAAUGCUUACCGAUGAUGAAAGGAGCAGAUUUCACAAGGCUUUAUGGUCGAUUAAGAACUCUGGAGUCUACGAUUACCUUAACCGGAUCCACACCCGUUUUGCAGUCUCCAGCGGAGCCCAUGCAGGUCCUGCAUUUGUCCCAUGGCAUAGAGAGUUUCUGAAAAGGGUGGAAAUCGCUCUAAGAAUGGUGGAUCCCUCUAUGGCCUUAACAUACUGGGAUUCUACUAUGGACAGUCGCCUGACCAAGCCUGAACAUUCAGUUCUAUGGAGUAGCGAAUUGCUGGGCGGUUCGAAACCAGGCGAAGUGAAAGAUGGACCAUUUGCUGGGUGGAUGCUUGAAAGUAAAGCUCGAGUUAUCAAACGUGAUGUCGGAAAGUUAUCUGCUCCAAUGCCAAUUGACGAUGUGCAAACUUAUAUGUCAAGGAAAGAUAUGGUCCUGACUGCAUCAUCAGCUAAUGAUCCAACUUUCUUUCUGCAUCAUUCGUUCAUCGAUUUUAUUUGGGAGUCUUGGCGACAAGCUACGCAGGUACAUAGAAGCAGCGAAUUUUGAAA